AUGGCUGACGCCAUGGAGGACCCCAAUGCGCCUCCAAUGGCCAAAUUUGUGGCGAAGGCGGGAAACGCCGCUCUUUACGCACCAGAUCAGCCGCAAUGGUGGCUUGCCGGGAGCAACCACCCGUAUGCGCCGUUUGUGGGCAAUGCGCUGAAAUGGGAGAGCUUUGCCUAUGAUGAUGGCACCACGUACGAGGGCCUGAUGCUGAACAGCAUCCCCCAUAAUAAGGGCGUGCUGGUGUUUGGGAAUGGCCUGGGCGGCGGCAUCCAGAAGGCCGACCGCGGGGACCGGUAUGAGGGCGAGUUUGACACCGGGUUUGCGCACGGCAUGGGCCAGUACACCAGCACCAAGGGCAAGGUGUACCGCGGCGAGUUCACCAGCGGCAUGCGACACGGCUGCGGCAUCGAGUACGACACCAAGUCAUUCCUGUCGCGCGUGGAGGCGGGGAUGGAUGCGGACGCUGCCUGGGCCGAGGCCCAGCCUGAGAUUGAGCGCAGUGCACGGCGCGGCACCUGGCUGAAGGACACGUUUUUCACGGGACCCGACGAGAGCGGUCGCUGGUGCCACAUCGCAGAGAUCAGGGGUACGGAGCAGGAGGUGGACGCCGUGGUGGCCAAGACGCGCAUGUUUCAGUUCAAGCCGGAUGGCGAGGUGACCAUGCGCUUUGCGCAGGAUGGCAACGGCAUGCCGGCACCAGUCAUGCAGGUGCAGCCAGUGGCCGUAGCAACGCCAGCCAAUGUAGUAGCCGGGCUGCUGGUUGAUGUGGACAGCGUGAAGGACGCGAUGGUGCAGGCUGCGGACAUGCAUGCACGCAUCUACCAGUCGUACAACCUGCCCUACGACCCCGCCCCCGGCUCGAUCAUGGACAAGGCCAUGAAGCUUUGGCGCAAGAAGCAGUCCCGCAAGCAACGCACACUGGAGAAGAAGCUGCAGCGAGAGCAGCAACGCAUCCGGCGCAUGGAGGGAGCGGACGCCGCCGCUGCUGGCAGCAGUCAGGCGGCCAAGUCCAAAGAUAAGGUGGCCGUCCCGGCCAAGGAGGAGGAGCCUCCUACUGACAUCGACGACGACGACCUGAUUGCCAGCACUGCCGGCGUGGGACAGCAGGCAGAAGAUGGCAGCAGUGGGGCCGGCCAGCAGGCGCAUGCUCGCGGACUCUUCCAGCCACCCACAGUGCUGGCAAGCAUGAGCCUGGGCCUGAGCCGUGCAGCCGCAACCCUGCAUAACGCCUUCCACCAAACGGCAGUGCGCGCUGCACAGCGGCGGACGCUGACGCGGCCGCGACAUGCUGCCUAG